AUGACACCGGUUUUACAGGAAUAUGCGACAUGGAUGAAAAUGAAAGAGGUCAAAGAGGAGUCGAUCAAACUCAAAGAGCAAAUACCACCAAACAACUUUCUUAAAUUACUUCAAGUGCAAGUCAUUCAACAAUACAAAGAAAGUCUUCCUGUGCGGCAAAAGCUCACCCCACUCGUUGUCACUUUGAAAGAAACACUAAAAGAUGUGAAACAACAUGCAAUAGAACGGAAAGAGCCAAAGCCACCAAAAGCGCAGCGCAAGAAGUUAAAGAAGAGAUUGUCUGAAGAAGAGGACCCUGCUAAAGACGACGAGAAGAAGUCCCGGAAACGACGACACAACAAAGCAAAGUUGAUUGGUGAAAAUGGGCAAACGAUAAUCGAAUUUGACUCAAAAACAGUCUAUCCCGUCGUCUUUGGAAGAGCGAAGGAUACACAACAAUCGGACAACCCAAGUUUCAUCAACUUAAGUAAAUACACAAAAGCAAAGUCCCUCAGUCACCGGCAUGCGACGAUCACAUAUGAGAAAGAAACAGAUACAUUCCAGUUUGUUAACGAAGGAAGAAAUGGGAGUGGAGUGAAUAGCAGUCUGGUCGUUAAAAAAGAGAACAAAGUGCAACUCAAUGACAAGGCGACGUUGGAGAUGGGGACAUUUAAAAUGACAUUCCAUAUCAUUUAG